UGCUGUAAGCCCUGCUGUUGCCAGUCCAGCUGCUGUAAGCCCUGCUGUUGUUCGGGCUGUGGCUCCUGUGGCUGCUGCCAGUCCAGCUGCUGUAAGCCCUGCUGUUGCCAGUCCAGCUGCUGUAAGCCCUGCUGUAGUUCGGGCUGUGGCUCCUGUGGCUGCUGCCAGUCCAGCUGCUGUAAGCCCUGCUGUUGCCAGUCCAGCUGCUGUAAGCCCUCCUGUGGCUGCUGCCAGUCCAGCUGCUGUAAGCCCUGCUGUUGCCAGUCCAGCUGCCCACCUGCUUGGCGCAUGGAGACCCUUGAAAGGAGCAGACGGUCCCCCUUCGUCUCCUGA